CUGAUUCGCAAGGUGAGGCGGCGGCGAGAGCUCGGCGCUCUGUUCCUCGUGCUCACCCUCGCGAUCAGCAUCAUUGGGAGCACGCUGAGCUUCUUUUUCUUCGAGCGUGUGAUACCGGACGCGCCCGGAAUCUGGGACAGCCUCUGGUACAGCGUGAUUUCGAUCACGACCAUCGGGUAUGGCGACUUUUCCUCCACAACCGUUGGCGCGCGAAUUGGAACGACGGUCUUCAUCGUGGUCAUCGGUUUGGCUGCGUUCACCACGUCAGUGGGGCUGCUGGUGGACUGGGUCGUGGAACUCCGAGACAGAGAGAGGUCUGGUAUGGGCAAAUCGGAUGCGAGAGACCACUUGAUAAUCAUCAACUUCCCCGGCGAGUCCCGGGUGCGGCAGGUCAUCAGCGAGUUCUUGACGGACCCACAACACGAAGACAGGGAUAUCGUGAUUGUGGCCGACGGGAUAGAGCGCCUGCCGUUCGUUAUGGCCAACGUGUCGUUCGUACGCGGCUCGCCGCUGGAGGAAGAGACGUACCGCCGUGCCGGAAUCGAGCGCGCCGAGCAGGCCAUCAUCCUCAGCACAGGCUACGACGACCCGCGCUCCGACAGCUUCGUCGCGUCGGUGGCCUUCGUCGUCGAGAACAUGAACCCUGACAUCAACAUCGUUGCCGAGUGCCUCGACACCAAACACGCCGCGCUGUUCAGCAAGUCCGAUCAGGUCUCUCUCGUGUACGCGCUCAGCCUGGUGACGAACCUGCUGGUACAGGAGGCCCAAGACCCCGGCGUGACCCUCGUUACGCAGGCGAUCACGAGCAAUGAGGUGGAAGGCACCCUUGCCACGACGACGGUGGAGGGUGACGUGGGCCCCAACUCCUCCUACGACUACAUCGCCGCCAAACUGCUCGGCAACGACGUAAAUCUCGUCGGCAUCGUCCGAGGGCGACAGCCUCGUAUACAUCGACUCCAGUCGAAGGACAUGGGCGCAGAUCCGGGAGAUGUUGGCGUGACUAUGGCCACGGCCCGCGAAGUUCGCGUGCCGGAUGGAGUGACUACGUGCGUUCGUCGGAUUCACGCGCUGUUCGAGGAGACUCUCGGAAACGAUGCGGUGGAAGACCUCGACUCGUUUCGUCUGACGGUCUCCCCGUCCACCAAUCCCUCGCUCGCGCCGAAGCUUGUAGAGGCGUAUGAAGGCGGACGGCUCAUCGGUGCGAUGCUCGGCGUAUACCUUCGCAGGGUGAACGGCGGCAUGAUCCUCUACGCAGGCGUCAGGGAGCCGUUUCGACGGCAGGGACUCUACACAGAAAUGCGAAGGUCUCUCCUGUCCGAGCUAGCCGCAGAGUCGCUGACCGGACUGGCGUUCGUGCUCAGCGAAGUCGAUGACGGUAGUUGGCUCCUUCGGAAGUACCUAGACGAGUGGGGGGCUUUCAUCGCGCCGCUGGACUACGUUCAGCCCGCCGUCCAGGGUCUGUCGAGACGGCGGCUGGAUCUCGUCGCCGUGCCACAGGCGGCAGGAAGGGCGGAGAUCAUCGAAAUCCUGCCCACCAUCGUCCGCGAGCUGUUCACGAGCGUCUAUCGCAUCACGGAACCCGAAGAUGACCCUGACUUCCGUCACGUAGUGGACUCAAUCGGGACGUCCUGA